AUGUUUUUAGAGAACUUGGCAUUAAAAGGAAUUGCUGUACAGUCAUCCACAUAUUACACUUCUGGAGCUGCACAGGCCAUCGACGGCAUCAGAUACGCUCCAGGUGUAGCCCAUACAUACUGCUCCAUCACAUCAUACCAGCUCAACCCAUGGUGGAGGCUGGACCUGCUGGAUUCUUACUACAUUUACAAAGUGACCGUCACCAACAGAGGCGACAGCUGGCUGGAGCAAACGACUGGAGUAGAGAUCCGCAUCGGAAACUCUCUGGAAAACAACGGCAACAACAAUCCCAGAUGUGGUGUCACUUCACUUGUCCCAGCAGGCAGUUCUGUCAGUUUCAAAUGCGGUGGAAUGGAAGGUCGUUAUGUGAACAUGUACAUUCCUAACAUCCAGCAGUAUCUCACACUGUGUGAAGUGGAGGUUUAUGGAACAG